AUGGGGAAGCAUAAAUCAUGGGACAUUAAAACUAGCUGGAAGCGCCAAGUGCACGAGUUUCCAAACGGGAGGGAAAGCAGGGAGAGAGCAAGCAGGGAGGCAAGCGAGCAAGCAGUAGAAGCAAAAGCAAGCAGCAAGCGGGAGAGCGGUGAGGAGGAACAAGCAGGCGCCCAAACAAGAGGCAAGCAGGAGUCAGAGCAGCAGGCAAGCAGUCAAGAACAGGCUGGCAAGCAAGGGCAGGCAGGCGAUCAAGAGCUGACAGGGAACAAGCAAGAGCCGGCAGGCAAGCAAGAGCAGGCAGCCAAGCAAGAGCAGACAGGCAAGAAAGAGCAAGCAGCAGCAAGAGAGCAGCAAGCAAGAGCAGACAGGCAAGCAAGAGCAGGAGGCAAGCAAGAGCAGGCAGGCAAGCAAGAGCAGGCAGGCAAGCAAGAGCAGACAAAGGCAAGCAAAAAGCAGGCAGACAAGAGAAGGCAGCAAGCAAGAGCAACAGCAAGCAAGAGCAGGAAGCAACAAGAGCAGAAAAACAAGAGCAACAGGGAAGCAAGAGAAUGCGCAAGCAAGCAGCAGGGAAACAAAGCAGGCAGCAAGAAGAGCCAGGCAGGGAAGCAAAACAGGCAGCAAGCAAGGCAGAAGGUCCUCCAAGACGCUCCCAGGCGCCACUUGGAAGGCUAA